AUGGCGGCAGCUACAGGAUUUAUGCCGCCGCCGUUUGAUGUUCAGAUUCUCCGCUGCCAGAAGAAGCGCCGCCUGUUCGCCUCCUGCUGCUCGCCUCGGAACUGUAAACAGCGGAUCCUCUAUCCGGCUCUCUCCUUUGCAUCUUCUAAGUUAAUGAAGUUUGAUGCUUUGCUCAGAAGAUCCAGAUUUGUUACCAAACAAGAUAAGUUCUUCUCCCGCUGCACCCCAAGAAACACAGGUCCUCAGUUUCGAGAUUCUCCCCUAAAAGAGAUUAAUGUAAAAGUGCUAGUUCGUGGCUUUAAUAUAGAAGAUGAGUUUUUCUCUGUAGAUACUGGUAUUGCCAAUGAGGAAGAAUGGGGCAUCAGUUUGCUAAAUGAUAGUGUCAAUGAAUCUGGGACUAAUGAAGAUGGAAGUACCUGGUACCGUGAAAGUGGGGAAGAUCUUGGAGAUAAUGGUUACAGAUGUAGAUGGACUAGAAUGGGCGGACGAAGUGCUGACACCACUUCUGAAUGGAAAGAAACGUGGUGGGAGAAAAGUGAUUGGACCGGAUACAAAGAACUAGGUGUUGAGAAGUCUGGAAGGAAUGCAGAAGGGGAUUCUUGGUGGGAAACAUGGAGAGAAGUUCUUCAUCAAGAUGAAUGCAGUAAUCUAGCUAGGAUAGAAAGAAGUGCACAAAAACAAGCGAAAUCGGGAACAGAAAAAGCUGGGUGGUAUGAAAAUUGGUGGGAAAAAUAUGAUGCCAAAGGGUGGACUGAGAAAGGGGCACAUAAAUAUGGCAGAUUGAAUGAGCAAUCAUGGUGGGAGAAGUGGGGAGAGCAUUAUGACGGAAGUGGUUCAAUUUUGAAAUGGACUGAUAAAUGGGCUGAGACAGAACUAGGAACUAAAUGGGGAGACAAGUGGGAAGAAAAGUUUUUUGCUGGUAUUGGAUCACGGCAAGGCGAGACUUGGUCUGUAUCUCCCAGUAAUGAUAGAUGGUCAAGAACAUGGGGAGAAGAGCACUUCGGGAACGGGAAGGUGCACAAGUACGGAAAGAGUACGACUGGGGAGAGCUGGGAUAUUGUUGUGGAUGAAGAAACAUACUAUGAGGCUGAUCCACAUUACGGAUGGGCGGAUGUUGUUGGUGAUUCCAAUCAGCUACUAUCGAUUCAGCCUCGAGAACGGCCUCCUGGUGUCUUUCCAACCCUCGACUUUGGCUCAUCUCCGCCUGCAGACAAUGACGAGACCUCCAGCGAUCAAGAAUGAUGGUUUGAUUUAUUUGUAGUUGUCAGAGAGGUCGAGUAGAAGAAGAUGUUGCUCCAUUUAUUCUUCAUUUCAUUCAUUCUUUUAGCAUUUUCUGCCUUCACUCUAAGCUCAAAAAUGGUUUGGACAUUUUACAAAUAUUCUGUGAAUGGUGGAUUU